AUGGUCCUCCAAGGCCGCGCCCUCCUCUCCUUCCCCCAAGGCGCAAACGCCUCCGACACCCUCCUCGGCGGCGUCCACUUCAACCUCACCGUCAUCAAGUACUGGAACUACACCCUCUACACAAACGGCACAAUCUCCAACGGCUCAAACUGCUUCGUCACGGAACAGCCCUACACCCCCGUCUACCUCUUCCCCAACGGUUCCUUCGUCAACUCGACAUGGUGCUACGACCCCAUAAACCCCAUUGGCAAACGCGCCGGCGUCGGCGUCGGCUUCGCCGUACUCUACGCCUUUGCCCUCUUGUUCGUCCUCGCCAACCUCAAGCGCCACGGCAAACACUACCUCCCCACCACCAAGCGCUUCUACCCCAUCGGGCGCAGGUGGCAGUGGUACUACGCCAUCCUCGUCUGCGUCGCCGCCUUUGUCAGCCUCUUUACCAACAUUGACGUCGACCGCUUCUACGUCAUUGGCCUGCCCAUCAUCAUCAACAGCUUCUUCUGGUACCUUAUGCAAAUGUUCACCAUUGCGCUCGUCUGGGAAGCCGUCCGCCAUUGGGGCAGCUGGAGCGAGAGGCAGGCCAUCGAUCCGGAUCCCUUUUCCCUGCGCGAGGGCGACCGCCGAAGCAAACUCGAGUUCUGGAUGCCAUUGUGGUUCUAUCUAUGGCUAUGGCUUAACUUCUUCCUCAUCAUCCCCCGCAACUGGGGCGAAAUCGAAAAACAACGCUCCCCCGAUCAAACAGCCGCCCGCGCCGCCCCCUCCGCAACAGACGCCCGCUUCAAAACAGCAACCUUUUGCCUCGUCGUCUGCUUCCUCACCAUCCUCGCCUCCCUCCGCCACUCCAUACUACACUACUACCCUCGCAACCGCGGCAUCCUCAACAAAAUAGGCGGCCUCUUCCGCUACACCCCCUGGCGCUUCCUCCUCAUCCUCCCGCUCACGGCCUGCCUCAUCACCUACCAAGGCCUCGUCUCCUUCAACUUUGCCUACUCCGUCCUCAACGCCAAAGCCUCCCUGGCGGCCGUCUACGCGGGAGGGUACGGCCCCGCCCUCCUCAUCCUCUACACGCAGAUCGCGUACGGCUUCACCUCCCCCAAUGAGGAUAAAGAACUCAUCCGCCAGCGCCGCGAGCGCGGCACGGAAAUCGACCGCGACAUGGGAUACGUUCCCAAACCCGCCUGGUGGCGCCGCGCAAAGAACAAUGAUCACCUCGUCGGGCAGAUGAGCAUGCGCGAUCGUAUCGCCCGCAACGUCCGCGAGCUCGGCGGCGGGCGCGCCACGGGCCGCGGGAUCAACGAGGGCCUCGAGGCGCAGGCCACUGAGCGCGAGCAGCAGGAAUCGGCCGCGGAACGAGAGAUUGAAAUGGGUAGCUUCAACGGGAGAUCAAGGCCCAAUUCGACGCACGGCUCGCUUCGCCCCGGCUUCGACGCCGCGGACCCCUCCACGUUCACUUCGUACAGCGGGAAAUCCGACCGCCGUCGCACCGAGCGGGCCAUGAACGCCGCAGCUGAACUCCUCUUCCCCGGCGGCGCACCUCGUCGGGACCGCACUGCCGAGUUGAUGCAAGACGGCCCGCCGCCGCCUUCGUACACCGACGCCCAAGUCGGGGGCGUUGGCGUGGGCCGGGGCAGGUCAUCGGACAGCACAUCAACGGCCCAUGGCCCAGGGGAGCGGAGUCACAGCGCGAGCACCACCGUAUCGGUGACGGGACAGCAGCCGCAGCAGGUGAAGAGUAUGUUGGAUAUUUGA